ACUUACCCAAAUUUGCAACUUUUCUCUUCGUCUCAUUUUCUUCAAGCUUAAGCUUGGCUAAGCUGUGUUUGGGUGCCGGGAAAGGAUCGUACAGAAACUGGAGAAUUCGAUCGCUCCGUUUCUCGUUGCUGAAUUUAUGUCAAGUUGAAGGAUUAGUCCAGAUUUGAUUGUCAUAUUUUUUGCGAUAAUUCAUCGCCGGAGUUUGAGCUUAGAACCCCAUUGAUUUUCUCAGCAGCAAAUCGACUCGAUCUCACUUUAAUUGCUUCCGGUUUCAAUUUUAGCAACUUGUGGCUGUCAAGGUAAUAUGACUGAUAACUACAGCAACGUAAGUGUAAGCUCAAGCUCAAGUUUGAAUAGCAGCUUUCAAGACACUGAGGAUGAUCAUACAAUUGCCAGAAUCUUGGCAGAGGAAGAAAACUUGAAGUUUGAUAACAAGCUCGGGAAGAGACUCUCCCAUCUGGAUUCCAUCCCUCAUACUCCUCGGGUUAAUGGGGAGAUACCAAACGUGAAUGAUGCAACCUUAGACCAUGAACGGCUGUCAGGAAGACUUGUCACAUAUGGUUUAGCGGAGCUACAGAUGGAAGGUGAUGGGAAUUGCCAGUUUCGGGCAUUAGCAGAUCAAUUAUUUCGAAAUCCUGAUUACCACAAGCAUGUAAGAAAGGCAGUCAUCAAACAGUUAAAGAAAUUCAGAAAACUAUACGAAGGCUAUGUUCCAAUGAAGUACAAAACCUACCUCAAGAAGAUGAAAAAAUCAGGUGAAUGGGGAGAUCACGUUACUCUACAAGCAGCUGCAGACAGAUUUGCUGCAAAAAUCUGCUUAGUCACAUCUUUCCGAGACACCUGUUAUAUCGAGAUCCUUCCCAAAGACAACAAUCCCAACAAAGAACUUUGGCUGAGCUUUUGGUGUGAAGUGCAUUACAAUUCGUUGUACGCCAGUGGAGAUCUUCCUACAAGAACGCCGAGAAGAAAACAUUGGCUUUCCCUUUUCUAGAGUAAGUAAUGAAACAGUAUCAUCAUCCCCAUAUCGACUUCCUCGGUUUCCUAUGUACGAAAUCUUGGAAAGUAGCUAACACAACAACGCCAUAUAGUUCUUCAAUACAAAAAGAUUGUUUUGUUACCUUUCUGGACGGAAAAGUAGCUCGCGGACUUGUGGAAACGGAAUAUAUAAGGUGUAAGCAUAGGUAUUUAUACACAAACUAGAAAAAAACAAAAAAAUUAGGACAAUUUAUAUAUAUUCCAAGAUCCUCUUAAUUGUUUGGUAUAGUUUUGGAAGAAUAUUAUGAUUGAAUGUUCAGCUUGCUCAUCGCUCGUGUGUCUGUAUAUAUUGAAUUGAGUUUGAUCUUUGCUCCUCGUCAUUUUCUGUAUCUUUCUUUUUUAGGAGUAUUUAA